GCCGUCUCUGCGUAGUGGGGGCGGCGCAAAGCAUUUCGGGCGGCCAGACAGGCGUUUGGCUGGGACGCCUGUCACUCCCCGGAAGGUCCCUCGGUGCGGCUUCGCGCUCCUUGUCUCGCGCCGCUGCUGUUGCCCUUCCCCUCCUCCGGCGGGGGCGCGCGAGCCAAGAGGUAGAGGCAAGUAUAUUAUGGGCCUAAAAACGAUUUGGAAGAACUACAAAGUUUUGAUUGUUAUGGGACCAGGCCUUGUUCUGAUACACUGGGGGUGGUCUAGCAUCCAAUCCAAUCCUCUUUUCAAAAUGAAGAGACAAGACUUGGACCAAGAACCUGGUACUGUGACACACGUGAUGCAGCAGGACAGCAAAAAUCAAGGAAAAUAGGGGUACUGCAGUGUAUGACAGAUUAUAAUUGACUCUGAAAUCCAUAACCCCUUGUCAAAAGAAGAAAUGAAAAGAACUAGCUGGCUCAGAAAGAACUGGUUGCUUGUGGCCGGACUGUCAUUUCUAGGUGUCCAUAUUGGCACAUACCUUAUACAAAGAGUUGCAAAGAAUUCUGUUAAAUCAACCAUGGGAAUUAGACAAAAGAAUCUUGAUGAAUGAAGUAAUUUUCUGUAACAAUCAGAUACUAAUAUAUCACUGUUAUAUCUAAGUGUUAUUUGUUAAACUACGCACAGUUAUGUGAACAUCAGGGUCAUUCUAUACUGUAGUUCAUUAUGACAAUUUGUGGCUGCAAAGAGUAAAAAUGUACUUCUGUUGAGUUAAAAAAUAUAGCUCAAUAGAGUCAAGUGAAAACGGAAUAAAUCUGUAAUUUUGUUGUCCAGAAUGAAAACGUUGUCUUGAAGAUGUCUCGCAUAGAAGCUAAAAAGCCUUCUUUGUGUACCAGUGCACCUUUAACUAAAGACAUAGUGAGUCACUCUGUGUCUGUGUUAAGUGGAAUACUAAAAUCUUGCUAUGGCCCUACAGGUAGGCUUAAACAGCUUCACAAUGGUAUGGGAGGCUAUGUUCGCACAACUUCACAAUCUUCUACCCUGCUUAGUGGCCUUUCUGCCACUCAUCCGAUAUUGAAGGUUUUGACAGCUUCUGUACAGAAUCACAUAUCACGCUUCAGUGACUGUGGCUUAUUCACAGCCAUUCUUUGCUGCAACCUGCUUGAAAAUUUACAAAGAACAAAGUUACUGCCCUAUACUAUUGUUAAAAUUAACAGACAUCUUUUGAGCUUAUGUACUGACUAUCUCAAGUCUGAGGCCUGUGCUUGCCGAAUAUUGGUGGAUUUUAAUAGUGUUGAGACUCUUCUUUGUUUGGUACGUAGUGUAUUGACAAGCAAACCUGCCUGCAUGCUUAACAAAACAGAAGCAGAUCAUAUUGGCAUACUGGUUAUAAAGGCUUUUUUGCUUACAGUGCCAAAUAAUGUAGAAACUAAUGUUGCUCUAGGAAAGUGCAUAAUUAUACCUGCGAAAAACAAGAGAGUUAUGGAUUCUACUGUGUUUCCUGGACUGCUUAUAGAAAUACCAGAACUUCACCUGGCAAGAACAUUUCCUAUUAGAAGAGUUUCUUCAAGCAAUAUUAAGAUGGCACUCUUCUGCAUUUCUCUGUCAGGAGAUCAUUCCAGUACUGGAGAAGGAACAGUGGUUGUCCAUCAUGGAGUUUCCCUAGAACUAGCCGAAUUGGAUCAAUUACUGAAUUUAGGAAAGCAGUUGGUUAAUGACGAGGUAGGCCUUGUAGUAUGCCAGAAAGUUAUCCACCCAUCCUUGAAGCAGUACCUCAAAGAGCACCAUAUCAUCGCUGUAGACAGAGUUGGACUUUCUGUAAUGGAGCCUUUGAGUCAAAUGACAGGUUCAAAGCCUAUAGCUGCCAUACAUUCUUUGUCUCCUAGUUGUUAUGGCAGUCUGAAGGAUCUGCGUACUGAGAAUUUUGUUUCAAAACGUUUCUUGCAUCUAAUUCCUAAUGAUACCCUUGUCUGCAGCUUGAUACUCUGUAACAGAAAUGAAACAGCAUGGGAUGAACUAAAGGUUGCCUGUCAAACCGCAGAACACAUCUUACAGUUAACAGUCAAGCAACCUUUGGCACUGUUAGGAGGUGGCUGUACAGAAACUCAUUUGGCCUCAUAUGUAAAAUAUGAGGUUUUUAACCUUCCCACUAGUACUUUCAAAGCUCUGGAUUGUUCUCAGACGCAAUACCAAUUGGUUGCUGAUGCUUUUUGCCAUUCGUUAGAGUCCAUAGCUUGCUGUCUGGAGCAUGAUAAUGGUGAAAUUCUUACUGAUGCAGUAUAUGGACACUUUUGGUCUAUUCCAUCAGGUUUUCCUUCUGAUGCUAGGUGGUCAGAUUUAGUUUCAAAAUGUGGUUGUGGGAUUCACAGCAACCAGCAGAAGCUCAAAUGGAUGGUUUUACGAAACCAGCAUAGCCCCUUUACUCCACAGAGCUGCUGCAAAGACCCUUGUGGAAAGUCCCCUGACCUUCGGGCAUUGGACUGUUUUGCUGCAAAAUGCAAUGGUCUGCAAGUAGCAGUGGAAACGGCCAAUCUCAUUUUGGACCUGUCAUAUAUAAUUGAAGAUCAAAAUUAGUUCAGUUUGCAUGUGUAUUACUGGGGGAAAAGCAGCAUAUUUAUUUGGACAUUUCAAGAGCAGAAUUGUACAUGACAUAUGAAGAGACUAUUAGGCAUGGUCAGAGUAUCUUCUGGUCUCCUUGCCCAGAUAGGCUUAGCCUACCCCUCUUCUCUUAUUUGAUUUUAUACAGACUCAGUCCCCACCCCAACCCUUCUCCUAAUAAUCUUCUCCAUUCAUUCCUUUCCCAAGCCAAUUCCAGUCCAACCUCACCCUAUUCCUGCAGCUCCCGGUCUCUAUUCCAGUCCAACUUUUUUAUCCAAUCUGCAUAUGAAUCAUGUGCCUUCUUGCUCUGUGUUAAUUGGCUACAAGCAUGGAAAGAAGAGUCAUUAAGAGCAUAGGAAUGACAGUUUCCCUAUUCUCUGUUCCAGUGCUUGAGAUGCAAGUUCAGGAAAAGUGCUGCUGAGCUUCUGUAGCCCUAGGUUUGAGUCUUAUGAUAGAUGGAAUCUACAUGGGCUAGUUGCAAAGUCCUAAUUAGUCUCUACAGAGCAUGUGAAGUCAUUACAUUUAUAGCCAUAUAAGUUGGCAAAAUGUAGAUAGGCUUUCUUGAAAGUAGCAAGAGAAACGGGCAUGUUUCUUGGAAACAUGUUUGACACUAACCACCCUGCCAAAUUUUAAAGCUUGUGGGGGUGCGGGGAGAACUAAAGUCUACCAGUUAAAUAGUUCUAAAAUUUUGAAUAUGGCAAACCAGUGUCUUUUUCCCUACUUUGAUUCCCAGAGGCUCUGAUGCUAAAUAAUUUUGACUAAAAUUUUCCAAUGAAGUCAGACACCAGUAGACACUUAACAUCUUGGUCUCAAAGUUUUCAUGCUAUUUGGAAAAGCACUUGAAAAUAGGAUCUUGUAAUGGGAAGUGCUAAGCACUCAUAAUAAUUGACGGCACUAUCAGUUUUGCCUCUAAUAAAUACUAAGCCUAUAACAAAUUUAAAGAACACUUCUAUAGCCACUUCAAAGCAUUUCAUCCCCUGUAAUACAACAAUGGGUUCUUGAAAAAAUGGGUUAGAAAUCAGAACUAUAUGCCAGAUACUGCUUGUGCUACAUCCGAUAUGCAGAAUGUUAUAUCAAAUGGCAAAUAUUAAAACAUCACAACUGACUGUAAUUCAGGAGUCAGUACUUUUUCUGUCAUAUGCUGGGAUUGCCCUAGAUAUCAGAUCUUUUCAAACACAGUUAAUAACAUGGUUUCUGUAGUAAAUAAUGCUUUACUUGAGUUAGUUAAUGAACAUUUACCCACAAAGAUUGCUUCUUGCUCAUACCCACUAAAAUCAUUAUUUUGUGCAGUUGGUAAGAUGAGAGAGAGGUUUGUUAUAGAAAAUGGUAUUCAUUUGUAAUGUGGAAUAAUACUUUUCUCCUUUUUACUACAUUUACUGAAUCUGAUAUAUGAGCAGGUAAACCAUCACUACAAUUAUCCACUGUAUCAUUUUCAUUUCUUGUAUAAGACACUUAAUAGUUGGAAACAUUAUUAUAUAUAUUUGUUCUACUCCUGUAGGUAAAGUUUCAAAGUUGUUUAGGAUUUAAACUAUGGAGCUUCGAUUAAUAACAGUAAUAAUAAACUGGAUGGUUAGUAUUUAUUCAUUUAUUUAGCACAGUACAGUAAAAAAAACAAAAAACAAUCACACAACAUCUUCCUGUUUUCUUAUACUGAUCACUUUGACAUUGCCACAGACCCUGGUUCUAUUUUUAUUAGCUGGGGAAGACUGUUUUGGAGUUUAGCUAGGAUAUGUUGUCUAUUUUUUAUAUAGAGUUCUACUGGCUAAUGUAGCAUUUGACUUUGAUCUGGGAAUAUUCUGCUCCCUAAACAGAAAAUUUCAGUGUAUUUUUUGCAUUAAUCCCAUUUAAAGAUCAUGAAGCUGAUAUUUCUCUUCAGGUAUGUGGGUAGGUGGAAAAGUAGAAGUUAUUUUGUGCACGUGGAAAUGGGGGACAGCACUUUCAUGUAAUAAGGUCACUGCUUAGCUAGUAUAAACUGUCUAAGUUCCAGGGGCAUUGGAUAUUUCUCACUAGGGGAGGAUUUUCUCCUAUAUUCCUUCCAAAUCUACCCUCCUUUACACACAGCAAUAUGACUGAGAGGUCAUGUUUUUAAUGUUACUCCAGCAGUAUGGCUCAGAUACUGGCCAUACACCCAAUGGAGAGGGAAAUAGCAGAGCAUGAAAAAGCCAUCUGCUGUGUGAUUGUGGUGGGAAAUUUACUACAUUAAGGAUUGCUUCUCGCAGAGCCCCAGUCUCUGCAACUCAAAGCUUUCAGCUGUGCAAUGUAUCAUCAUCUAGAAAGAGGCUGAACUGGAAAAACAACAAACAUAUAUUUUUUUUUAAUUCUCUCACCUUCUGCAGUUAUUUCUGUGAAGGGGACUCUGUUAGGGAGCAGAAAAAAAGGUACAAGAAAAUAAUACUGUGCUAUAAAUGAGCUUUGAAUUAUUCAUGUAGAUAAAUUGGGUUAUUUCUGAAAAGAAUACUGGAACCUCUGAAAAAUAUUCACCUAGCCAUUUCAAAAAAGGUUCUAUCUGGAAGCAGUACGGAGCCAAAUAACGCUGCCAAAGAUUAUCUAAAAAAAAAAAAAAAAAAAACCAAGUGUCCAGAUUUUGUUUGUGAUAAAGUACACGUUAUGCUAGCUUUCCCUUCCGAUUUUCUUUUCCAACACCACUCUUUCAAAUCGCUGUUGUGCAGUGUUGUCACGACUGGAAAUAAAUUGUCUUGAACAACUC